AUGGCGGUGGCAAAUUCAAGCCCUAUCAAUCCCAUGGUAUUCUUUGAUGACAGCAUUGGCAGCCAGGAAGUUGGCCGCAUGAAGACUGAGCUCUUUGCAGGCGUUGUGCCUAAGACUGCUGAGAAUUUUAGGCAGUUCUACAAAGAAGAAUUCAGAAAAGAUGGGGUUCCAAUAGGAUACAAAGGGAGCGCCUUCCACAGGGUCAUAAAAGAUUUCAUGAUUCAGGGUGGAGAUUUUGUUAAUGGAGAUGGUACUGCAGUCACCAGUAUCUACUGGGGGCUGUUUGCAGAUGAAAAUUUUAAGCUUAGACACUCAGCUCCAGGCCUGCUUUCCAUGGCAAACAGUGGUCCCAGUACAAAUGGCUGCCAGUUUUUCAUCACCUGCUCUAAGUGUGAUUGGCUAGAUGGGAAGCUCAUGGUGUUUGGAAAAAUCACUGAUGCACUUUUGGUGAUGAGAAAGAUUGAGAAUGUUCCCACAGGCCCCAACAAUAUGACCAAGCUGCCUGUGGUGAUCUCACAGUGUGGGGAGAUUUAG